AUGUGUUAUCCCAUUGUACUUAUUCUCUCGUUAGCUAUCCGAACUGUCAAUGGUUAUAUUCAUUUAUACAAUACGGAUCUGACAGAAAAUGGGGAUUACUACGAUUGUUUAUACACGUAUUCAAAUAUACAAGUUACUUCUAAACACACAAAUACAAAUAAAGGUUGGUCGCUCUUACCCUACUGUUUUCGUCUUUCCGAUGAAAAUGAAAUUGAAUUUGAGAAGAAAAAAUGUUAUGGAUACCCAUUCACAUUUUUGGAAUUAAAACAGAAAAAUGUAACCAGUGAUGAUCUGUAUGAAUGGAAUUCACCCAUCGAUGUAAUUGAUCAGUAUCAAAAAUAUAUUGAUAAUGAUUUAUUGGAUGAAAAUAGCACAACAUAUUGCAAUUGUUCUAGCUUAUUUUCAUUCGGUUCAAGAUGUCAAUAUUCAUUUCGUUAUUCAAGCAUCGAAAAUGGUUUCGAACAUGAAAUUCAAGAACAAUUUAGUUUAAGAUAUCGGUUAGAUGAUCAUCAAUUAAUGAAUAAUCUGACAUGUUAUAUUGAACUUGAAUGUAAAAGUAUAUUGUGUUUAGAUUGGAGACAAAUAUGUAACGGGAUAAUUGAUUGUCAAAAUGGCGAAGAUGAAGAAAAUUGUUUAGAAUUAGAACAAAAUAUAUGUAAUAAAGAGACAGAAUAUCGUUGUACAAAUGGAAUGUGUAUACCGAGACAAUUUUCAUUUGAUCUAAUAUUCGAUUGUAUCGACAAUUCCGAUGCAAAUUAUAAUUGUGCCUGGUUGAAAUAUUCAUGUUCCGAUGGACAAUGUAUUAAUUGGAUUCAUUCAAAAGAUCAAACUGAAUCGUGUGUCAGUAGACGUGAUUUUUUAUUUUUUCGAAAUCUUUAUGCUUAUGAACCAUCCGCAGCAUUUUCGUUAUUAUGCUGGAAAUAUAUAAUGUGUUAUACCAAUAACAGCCCAUAUUCUUAUAUACCUAUGAACUGUUGGAUAUUAUGCAAUAAAUCCAAUUGCUUAUCCUUACUGUAUGCACACUGUACCGAGCCAUUCAUUUUUCCAUCAAGUUCUACUAUACUACCGUUUGUAAAUACUCUAUAUGUAUUUAAUCGAGAUAACCGAACAAGACCUGAUAAUUUUCCCGAUUUCAUUUGCCAUGAUUUAAAUUUAUGUAAUAUAUACCAUUCAAAUGAUACGAUCAACAGUUACACAUGUCAUAAAAUAGAGGAUUUCGAUUUAACUGUUCAAGCAUGGCCAGAACUAAUACAGGCAGUACAGUUGCUAUUUUCAUACACAUCUUGCUUUGUUAAUAAAACUGUAUGCACAUCAAACUCACAGUUAUUCCAUUGUGAGACAAACAAUGAAUGCAUAUCGAAACAUCGCAUUCGAGAUGGUGUUCGAGAUUGUUUUGAUAAAGCAGACGAAACAUAUUCUGAUUCAUGUAAAUUGAAUUUAACAGAGGACGGUGAUUAUUUCAAGUGUUUAAAAACGAAUCGGUGUUUACCUCGAAGACGAUUCUUAGAUGGUCAAAUUGACUGUUCCUACAUCGAUUUUUUCACAAUGCCGAGUGAUCGAUCAGAUGAACCAUUCCGAAUCAGUUGUAGAACAAGAGAUGAUUUUACUUGUACUUUAAUACGAAAUAUAAAUAACGUUUUACCAACAUAUUUUUUAUUUCAAGACAUUUGUGAUGAUAUUUUGUGGAGAGGAUAUUUAAUUGAUAAUGAAACAGAUGAAACAAAUUGUGAACAAUGGCCGUGCAAUUCACGAGCAAAAUCCUGUAAUGGAUUUUGGAACUGUAAAGAUGGUCGAGAUGAACUAGAAUGUCUGGAUGCACCAUUGAUUUCUUCAUUUCUAACUUACAACCUUUCCAAAUGUAAUAAAAAUGAACAUUAUUGUGCGCAAAUGUUACCGUCAAAUAAUACCGUAGUCUUCGGUUGUAUACCAAUACAAAAAGCAGGGGAUGGUGUAAUCGAUUGUUUAGGAGCAACGGAUGAACGUAUGGGUCAUUGUCGUUCAAGAUUUCCCCUUGAUUCAGAAUUUAACGGGGAGUCGGGAAAAGUUCGAUAUCGUUGCAUGAAUAGUUCACAUUGUAUUAGACCACAGGAUUUGUGUGACAGACGACAAACUUGUUCGUUCGAGGAUGACGAAGCCAUUUGCCCAUGGUUGAAGGAAACAUUGUGUCAACGAGAACAGACUUUUUCCUGUAAAGACAGUAGACUAUGUAUUAAUAUUAAUUUGAUGCGAUGUAAUGGUAUUAUUGAUUGUUUACCAGACGGAGAAGAUGAAUGGUUUUGUGAUAUUACUGAAAAACAUGUGUUGCGUGAGUUUUCACUUGUCGGUAUAAACCAAUAUCCUGGAACUCACAAAUCCAGUAGGGAUCUUGUUAAGAAGAAAGAUCUAAUUAUUACACCGAAGCAUCGCUCGGUACAAGGACAAUAUAACAACAAGGAUUUAUGGCUUUGCUAUCGUGGAAUAUUUCUCGAAUCAAAAAACCUUCCAAGCCGCAUAAAAUGUUUAUGCCCCCCUAGUUAUUAUGGUGAACGAUGUCAAUAUCAAAGCAGGCGAAUAACAUUGUUUCUUCAAGUCCAAACUUUAAAUACGUUUAAAUCAGACAGUCAUUUAUCGAAACUAGUUUGUUAUUUAUUCAAUACGAAUAAUGCCGUUGUUUCAUCCGAAGAAAUAAUUCAUAGUCCUUACAAUCAAUCAACACAUAAACAUAUUAUUUCCUUAUCCCAUGCACACACAAAUGUAUCUUCAAUUCGUAUUGAUGCAUAUAUAGUUAGUAGAUAUUCGGUUGAUUAUCAAUCGUCUUGGUAUUUUCCAGUGAAAUUUUCGUUUUUACCAGUUAAUCGGUUAGCCUAUCACUUAAUUUUACAACAAGACAAUACUUUCUGUAGUAAAGCAAUCGCCGAUGACGUGACAUGUAUCCACGGUAUAUGUAUGAAAUAUGUUAAUUACAAAAAAUAUUAUUGUUUGUGUAAUGACGGUUGGUCAGGGGAACGAUGUAAUAUAAUGUCACCAUGUGACUGUGGUCCAAAUACAACAUGUGUUCGGCUGGAAAAACGAAAAUGCAUCUGUCCUGUUGGUCGAUUCGGUCCUACAUGUCACGCAGUUUAUGACCCAUGUAAAGCGGCUGAUUGCCACAAUAAUGGUACCUGUAUGCCAGUUGAUGAAAGAUCAUUAAAAUAUGUUUGUAUAUGUUCAGCAAACUAUUAUGGUGAUGUUUGUCAAUACCAGAAUGCUCAUAUCAAAAUACGUAUGGAUAACAAUUGGCAUUCAUCCCAUAUACCAGCAAUGGUCGUUCAUUUUUUAAACAUUCAUCAUAAGGCUGCCUUUAUGGUACAUCAAACGAGUUAUCUAUACAAAAACUUUAUGUUUUCUACUAACAAUUCAUUAGACCUUAUUCUUGACAAACAAGCAUUUUUAACAACAUUUAUGUAUACACAAUUUUUUUUCACGGCAAAGAAAUAUUAUGGAACAUAUUAUCUUGCUGCAAUACUCAAAAAUAGCCAAAUAAACUCACUUGAAACAGUUAUCAUGUCAUCAAAUUACUGUCCCCAUGUUAACGAAUUAAUACAAAAUCAAUCAAUUCGAGAAUUAUCACCUUUAAAACGAGUUAAAUAUUAUUAUAGCAUAUGUUUAUCACAUAAGAAUAUUAGCUGUUAUCACGAUGAAAUAUACCAGUGUUUUUGUGAUAACAAAUUUCAAUCCGAUUGUCUAAUUUUUGAUCAUAGUACGAAUAACUGUACUGCAGAAAUUAGUUAUUGUCAAAACGAUGGUUUAUGUAAACAAACAAAUCGACAAGGUCAAUGGGAUUUCGUUUGUAUUUGUGAUGAAUGUUAUUAUGGCAUAUUGUGUCAAUUUACAACAUUACAAUAUUCAGUGUCAUUAGAUGCUUUAAUUGGUUCAAAAAUUUACCUUGGAAAAAAUAUUAUGAAACAACCCGUUGUCAUCAAACUAUCGUUUAUAUUCGCCAUUUUAAUGUUUACUGGUUCCUUAAUCACUAACACAUUAUCAAUAAUGGUCUUUUGGCAACUAAACAUACGAGCAGUUGGUUGUGGCAUAUAUUUAUUUGUAUUAUCAGUUGUUGGUCAACUAGGAAUGUUUGUAUUUGUUGUGAGAUUUUUCUACAUAUUAUUAACAAAACUAGCUACAUACGAAAACCGCUUAUUCGCUUAUUACAAUUGUUCCAUAUUUGAAUUUUUAUUAACUAUUUUAUCAACCAUCUAUGACUGGUUGACCGUAUGCAUUGCAAUUGAACGAGCUGUAACUGCUGUCAAAGGUAUAGAGUUUAAUCAGCGUCUAAGUAAAACAGUAGCCAAAUACGUAAUUAGCUUUGUCGUAUUGUUUAAUAUAAUUAUGUCGUUACAUGAACCAUUUCAUCGACAGAUCAUUGAUGAUCCAAUAUCAACAAGUCAUACAUGGUGUGUCAUGGAAUUUAAUAGAGAUUGGCUAAAGAUCUAUGAAAUAAUAACAAAUAUAAUUCAUCUAAUUGUCCCAUUUUCAAUCAAUGUUAUAUCAACAAUCGUUUUCUUGUUAAGUCUCGUUAGAAGAAAAUCAAGAUCGUUAACAAAUAAAGAUACUUAUUAUAUACUAUUGAAAGCGCAAAUGCGAACACAUAAACCAUUUGUUAUUAGUCCUUUAUUACUCGUCAUCAUCGGUCUGCCACGUUUAAUUUUUACAUUUAUAUUUGCUUGUGUUAAAUAUGAAUGGCAAACAUAUUUAUAUUUAGUUAGUUAUUUCAUUUCAUUUUUAUCGUUAACUGGAACACUGUUUGUAUUCAUACUACCGUCACCAUUAUACAAAAAAGAAUUGAAAACAAUUCUAAAGUAUAUCAGAGACUCAUAG